UCUGGAUCAAGUCUUUCCUGCUACCAGCACAACGCUUCUCUUUCCCUUUUGCGACACGUUCUGUUAUGAUCCAGGCUCCGGCUAGAACAGCACUUAUUGUGUAGGACACCGAUAUUCAAAGUUCCCCUGAUUCCCGGAUGAAUCGACCUUCCAAACAUCUUGGUCCUCUGUCUCUGGGUAUCCUUCUUCCGUCAAUAUCGCUGGUCACAAGGCCCACUUCCAGUGUCUUCGAAUCUCACUCCUGUCAUUACGAGUACGAACCGACCAGGCGACACGUCGCAAUAUUCUGUUGCAGGCCUACAUUGUUUCUUCAUUGGUGGUCACACUUCGUCUUGCAUCCCCAGACUUUGACGAACACCCUGGUGCAGAUCACCGCGGCACCAAGAACCACAAGAAGAACACUCGCAUCUUCUCCUAGAAGUUCUAGGAGGCCGUCAAGCUGGCCUGCACCAUCCAGCCUAGCUAUCAGGUACGGCUCCUAACCCUUCUUGCAUACUGCCUAAUUGCCUUCGUCACUCAGCCUGGCGUCUCUCUACUGCUGCCUUCGACUUGGCCCGUAACGAACAAAUCGCUAACUCUUGAUGGAAUAGUCUGAUAGCUUUGGUGCGCCCUUCUU